CGUGACUUUCGACAGAAGAGGGCGAGAUUUCAUUCAAAACAGCCAAGAAGGGCUUCGACAAGAGUCCAGUUGUUCUGAAUCAGCUAAUAGGACGCCGCCUCAAAAUAAUGUUAUCCGACCAUCUCCCGUCCUCCUCACGCCGCGCAAGCUGGAGCUCAGAUCAUCGUCUUUUUCUAAAUAGCUGAUGGCCUCCGUGGGCGCACCCACAACGAUCUUCCCUAAAGACACGCUAAAAAUAAUUAUCUUUAAACGAGAACAAGUGAGAUUAUCACGGGGUUUUAUUUACUUCCUGGGACAAGAAAGCGGUCUUGGUUCCUUCACACGGUCUGUGAAUGAAACAUUUUAUCUUACAUCUGGCGCUUUACAAAAAGUAGCAGAACACUUUACGAUUGUAGAAUAGCGCUUUGUUUUUUCACGUGAUUGUGUCAGAUGCUGUGUAUGAUGGUUGGGAUUAUGUUUACGUGUACGCGGUAACAAACUGGAAUGAAAACUGUCUACAACCCUCCUGAUGCGGGACAGUGGCUUAUUUUGAAACAUGUACUGACCCAUCGCCACAUGCGCACCUGUGCUUUCUUCACCGGAUAGCCUGCCAAGCUUAUGCAGAAACAGCAACCCGGAUGCCCGUUCUGUCCCAACGCAGUCACCAUGGAAUCACCACCAGUAUCCCAAAGUAUCCUCGCACAGAUCCUCUCAGAAAUUCAGGACGCUGGCUCCAGAGGUGGAUCAAUUCCCAACUCCAGUACCUCGCUAUUCAGAACUAAUAUUCCUGUAACCCAUCUGUUAAAACCCCUGCUUGACGCAUCAUUCGAUACCAUCUUCCAAGCAGUUUCUCCGAGGCUGAGGAAGGCCGUUGAUGGAGGGUGAUGCUGUUUUCACAGCAGCAGUGGCUGAGGCAGAAGUUCUUUGUACUGGGUAGCUUGGUUCUUGGGAGUCUUUUCUUUCUAGUGGUUCGAGAGGGCACUUUAGACAGACUGCACCUCAUCUGCCCCAUUAAGGACAGACUGUGCCCUGCAGAUACAUCAGGGCAGAUGCCUUUACAUACCUUGCAGCUAAAGCAGGCUUUAGGUCUUAAGCUGCACAGGAGAAACAGGACAAGGGAGCAGCUGCGAACGCACCACCUCAUCAAGCAGCUGCCCAGAGCCAUCAUCAUCGGAGUGAGGAAAGGUGGAACACGUGCACUGCUGGAGAUGCUCAGUCUUCACCCUGCUGUUGUCAAGGCCUCCCAGGAGGUCCACUUUUUCGACAAUGAAAAGAACUAUGCUCGUGGUGUUGACUGGUACCUCAAAAAGAUGCCCUUCUCUUUUCCACAUCAAAUAACUGUUGAGAAGAGUCCUGCAUAUUUCAUCACUGAGGAGGUACCUGAGAGGAUAUUUAAGAUGAAUUCCUCUAUUAAACUUCUGUUGAUUGUGCGUGAGCCAACCACCCGCACCGUUUCAGACUACACACAGGUCCUAGAGGGCAAAGAGCACAAGAACAAAACAUACAACAAGUUUGAGGAACUUGUGGUUGAUACCAACACUUGUGAGGUGAACACAAAGUACAAGGCUGUACGGACAAGCAUCUACAGCAAGUACCUAGAACACUGGUUAAAGUUCUUUCCCAUUGAGCAGUUUCACAUAGUUGAUGGAGACAGCCUCAUCACAGACCCACUUCCAGAGCUUAAGCUGGUCGAACGAUUCUUAAACCUUCCUUCACGAAUCAGCCAGUACAAUCUGUACUUUAAUGCCACACGUGGCUUCUUCUGCCUGCGCUUCAACUUCAUGUUCAGCAAGUGUCUGGCGGAUAGUAAGGGCAGAAUCCAUCCAGAUGUAAAUCCCUCCAUCAAGGAAAAACUGCGGCGCUUUUUCCAUCCAUUUAACCAGAAGUUCUAUCAAAUCACAGGCAGGACAUUCAACUGGCCCUGAAGAUUCCAACAUCUGCCGUUAAUGUUAAGAAACAUCAGACAUGGGAAAAUUGCAUUUUUAUAAUGUUCUGAUCUAUCAUUAUUGAAAUGAGAGCUUCAAUCAGUAGUGAACUUUUGUACUUGCGCCUAAAUUAUAUAGAAAAAUUGAGUUGCAGUUUCAUCUAAGGAUUUUCCUCAAAAAGAACGAACCUAAACAGUAUUAGACGCAAAUACAGUUUGCUAUGUACCCCUCACACUUCAAAAUGGAUUUAUCAGCCUGACUAAAAACAUUUUGAUCGAACUGAACAAAUUAGUAGCUGACAUAUUCCAUUCAACUAAAAAAUAAGCAGAUUAAAAUGUGUGAGGAUAAAACAGUACUGGUGUGUAUCUUGAGACAAAACAAUGGCACUGACAUUGUAAAUAAUAUUGCAUCCUGUUCACCAGAGUUCAGAUCAGUUGGACCUGUUUCUCACCAGUCAUGGUCUGGCCUCUACAAUAGUAAAAAAGUACAAAUUAAAAUCAUUGCAAAGUAUUACAAGACUGUUGUGUGAGAAAACCUGUAUGAACUGUGGGGUUUUCUUACGUUCCAAAAGUAUCAAUAGUAGUUUUCUAAUAGUAUUUCAAUAGUAGUUUUUAAUAUUAUCUUAUAUACAAACCGAUUCCAAAAAAAAUGGGACAUUGUACAAAUUGUGAAUAAAAUGAUUUGGAAGUUUCAAAUUUCAAAAUUGUAUUCAGAAUACAACAUGGAUGACAUAUCAAAUGUUUAAACAGAGAGAAUGUAUAAUUUUA